AUGUUUCAAGCUAAUUUUAUAACUGAUUGUCCACCAGAUAGUAUUGAAUGGUGUCCUAUACAUCAUGAUAUAUUUGCUUGUGGUACAUAUUUAUAUAAUCCAGAAAAUAUGACAAGACAAGGUUCAAUUUAUUUAUUUCAAUAUAAUUCAUUAACAAAAACAAUUGAUAUUAAUCAAUAUCAUAAAACAAAUGGUGGAAUACUUGAUUUAAAAUGGAUAAAAUGUUCAUUAGAUUUAACAUUAUUAUCAACUGUUUCUGCACUUGGACAAUUAUCUUUAUAUUCAUUAAAUGAUAUAACAAAACCAAUUCUAUGUGAAAAUGUAACUAAUAAUCAAACAAUAGCUUUAUCACAUUCAUGGUUACAUUCAAUAAAUAAUUAUGUUGUUAUAAGUGAUCAACAAGGUUAUUUAACAAUAUGUGAAUUAGAUAAUACAAAUAGUUUACGUUUUAGUCAAUCAUGGUUAGCACAUGAAUAUGAAUGUUGGACAUCAAUAUGGGAUAAACAUGAUUUAAAUAUAAUUUAUUCUGGUGCUGAUGAUACAUUAUUAAAAAUUUGGGAUAUAAGAGAUUAUAAACAACCUAUACAUAUUAAUAGAAAACAUACAAUGGGUAUAUGUUCAAUAAUAUCAAAUGAAUUAAAUCAAUAUGAAUUUUUAACAGGUUCAUUUGAUGAAUAUUUAAGACAAUGGGAUAAACGACAAAUGAAUCAAAUAUUAAAAGAAAUAAAAUUAGGUGGUGGUAUAUGGAAAAUAAAACCAUAUCCAUUAAAUUCAAAUAUACUAUUAUGUGCUUGUAUGCAAAAUGGUUUUGUUAUUGUUGAUUUAAAAACAUCAAUAAUUUUAUGUAAUUAUAAAGAUCAUCAAUCAUUAGCUUAUGGUUGUGAUUGGCAAUAUAAUGAUACAAUGAAUCAAUUAACUGAAUUAAUGGAUGAUUGUAUGAAUGAAGAAACAACAACAACAGCAAUAUGUGAUAAAAAAAUUUCAUCAGAUAGUUUAAUUGCUUCUUGUAGUUUUUAUGAUAAAACUGUUCAUGUUUGGAAACAACAGAUAUAA